AUGCAAUUGUCUGAAACUAAUCCUGGAUCGCAUGUUGUUUUGGAAACUGACAACAAUCAAAAAUUUGUGAGAUUGUUCAUUGCCUUCGGAGCAUGUAUCCAUGGAUUUAAUUACUGUCGGCCCUUGCUAUUCAUGGACGCAACACAUUUGAGGAGUAAAUAUCUCGGUCACUUGAUGGCAGCAACAGGACUAAUCGGGAAUAAUGGAAUUUAUCCUUUAGCUUAUGAUGUGGUUUCAGCUGAGACUGAUGCGAACUGGAAAUGGUUUAUGGAGCAUCUCAGGGAUGUUGUUUCUCCUCAAAGACAACUUACAUUUGUGAGUGAUCGAGGUAGUGGUUUAGUCAACCAAAUCCCCGUCGUUUUUCCAGGUGCAUAUCAUGGAUGGUGUUACUGGCACAUGACAAACAAUGUUCAUGCAUGCUUGCCUAAGUCCGCCAAGACAUAUAACAAUUAUGUGUUGAAUUUGUUUGAAAAAUGUGCAUAUGCAAAUACACAUGUAGAGUUUAAGGAGAGUUGGGAUAAGUUGAUGCUGGUUAAAAAUCAGAAGCUACAAGAUUAUCUUAGUAGAAAUCCAGUUGAUAAAUUGGUUAGUUUUUUUUUCCCGGGCUGUCGAUAUGGGGAGAUGUGCUCAAAUGUUGCUGAAUGUUUGAACGUUUGGAUAAAGGAAGAGAGGGAUAUGCCUAUCGCGGUAAUGUUUGAUAAAAUAGGACCGAAGCUUAUGGAAAUGAUGUGCACCCGUCAUGAAGAAUCUGCGACAUCGUUCGUUUGGCGAGGAGUUUUAUGUCUAAAAAUGGAAACUGAACUCUAUAACAAUAAGAUGCAUGGCCGUGAUUACAAUGUUACCAAGUCGUCAGAAUUUGUGUAUGAAGUUCAUGCCUCAUUAACACAAAGGGUUGAUUUGAAAGAAAAGACAUGCUCUUGCAACCGCUGGAAAAUCAAUGGCUUCCCUUGCGCCCAUGUCGUUAGGUGUAUAACGGGGAAUGAAGAAGAUCCCUAUAAAUAUUUUGAACACUACUUCACCACUAAGUCCUAUUGA